AUAGGUCAGUUUUUCUAGUUUGGGAUUUACAAAAGACACCUGGUUUGUUCAGAGGGAACUUAGCUCCUUCUAUCUGUUGUUAUUCUGUUGUCUUUGUUUGUUCUUGAAUUUGGAAUCUCUCUCCUAAUGCCUCCUGCUGCUGUAUCCUUGUUUCUUUUUCUGGUUCUCACCUCUCUUGAAAUUCUUCUUUCUGCUGGCGAAGAAGAGCGGGGGCCUAAAAACUGCCCGCCCUUUAAAUGCGGUAAUUUUACUGCACCGUGGUUCCUUUCCACUGUUAGUGGAAAUUUAAGUGCACCUGGGUGUGGGAUUUUCCUAAUUGAUGGGUGCAAUGAAACAGUUCAGAAGAUCCAACUGGAGAAGGGAAGAGGAAGAUGGUAUACACUUGAAGGAAUGUCCCAAGGGGAGAGGUUAUGGGAGAACAACAUUACCAUUCAGGAUGAUAAGCUUUUACAAUCUCCUGAUUGUCAAUUGUUUUCCAAUUUGCCUCUUUCCAACUCUACUGGUAACUCUUUCCGUAUUCUUUCCGCAGUUGCUAUUCUCAAUUGUAGCAAAAGCCAUCGAAAAAAUGCCAUCCCCGAAUACUUCACUCACAUAAACAGAAGCUGCAACAACCGCAGUGUAUACUAUAGGAUCUAUGAUGCACCUCUUGAUACCAAUUUGAAUGUACCUUCGACUUGUUCUCUUGUAUUUGAUUUCCCACUUAAGAACCUCCCUUCAUACAACAAAGACCACUUUACACCAUUGCCUGCCAACUUAUCCAUACGUGUUGAAAUCCACCUUCCUGGUCUCGAUCAUGAUCCUGAUCUUGAUCCUGAUCCUUGUCAUGUAUGUCGAAAAGAUGGCGGAUGCUCAAGUCAUUGUUCCAAAAACAGAAAAGGGAAAUUAGCAUUGAAGCUAGGAGUUGGAUUUGCAGUUUCAACUGUUGUUCUAAUAAUCAUGUCUAUCCUUAUCGUGCGGGUUCGCUCCAAUGAACAGAAUUAUGGCUCUUCAAACCUUUCACGUGGGGGCAACGUCAACUUGAAGAAAAAAUAUUGUAAUGAUAUUGAAGCUUUCCUAAGAAGCAAUGGGCGUCUGGCUCCGAAGAGAUAUAGUUUUAAAGAUGUUAAGAAAAUGACAAACAAGUUCAGAGAUAAAUUAGGUGAAGGAGGAUUUGGGGCUGUUUACAAGGGGAAGCUAUCUGAUGGGUGUCAGGUUGCAGUGAAGGUCUUGAACAAAAUGAAGGACAAUGGGGAAUCAUUUAUGAAUGAGGUUGCGAGCAUUAGCAGAACGUCCCAUGUUAACAUAGUCACUCUUUUGGGGUUUUGUUUUGAGGGUCAUCAACGAGCUCUGGUCUACAAGUUUAUGCAAAAUGGAUCUCUGGAGAAGUUCAUUCAUCAAGAAAAUCCUUUGAACGCUGAUAAUCAACUAAAGCGGGAAACCCUAUACAACAUUGCAGUUGGCAUAGCCAAAGGAUUAGAGUACCUGCACCGUGGAUGCAACAUGCGCAUUUUGCAUUUUGACAUCAAGCCUCAUAACAUUCUCUUAGAUGAUGACCUCUGCCCCAAGAUAUCUGAUUUUGGCCUUGCUAAAUUGUGCCCCCGAAAAGAGAGUAUGGUUUCAAUGACAGAUGCAAGGGGAACGAUCGGAUAUAUUGCUCCGGAAGUAUUUUUUAGAAGUAUUGGAAGGGUAUCCCAUAAGUCUGAUGUCUAUAGUUACGGUAUGAUGGUUCUAGAGAUGGUUGGGGAGAGGGAAAAUAUCAAUGCUAAAUCAGAUCAUAGCAGUGAAUAUUUCCCACAGUGGAUUUACAGGCGUCUUGAAUUGGAUGAAGAACCUGGAAUUUGGAGCAUUACAAAUGAGGAUGAUAAAGAAAGAGCAAGGAAGAUGACAAUAGUAGGCUUGUGGUGUAUACAAACUAACCCCUCAGACAGGCCGCCAAUGUGCAGAGUCCUGCAAAUGUUGCAAGGGAACCUUAAUUCCUUGGAAAUUCCACCCAAGCCUUUCUUUUCUUGUCCACCGAGGUUACCCACUGAGGCUGAUGUCAGUUCCCCAAGUUCACUGAUUCCAUCCCAGAUACCAUAGAAGAGUGAUUUGAUGAUUGUUUUGUGAAGUGUUGCUUGAUAUUGUUACCUAUUCAAUUGAAUUGUAAUUGGAAUUAGUACCUCAUAAGGAAAAAAAAAGAAAAAAGAAAAAGAGAGUGUUUCU